AUUGCAUCCAAGUAUGACCAACAAGCGGAGGAAGAUCUCCGCAAUUGGAUAGAAGAGGUGACGGGCAUGGGCAUCGGCACCAACUUCCAGCUGGGCUUGAAGGACGGCAUCAUCCUCUGCGAACUCAUCAACAAGCUACAGCCAGGCUCUGUGAAGAAAGUCAAUGAAUCCUCACUAAACUGGCCUCAGUUGGAGAAUAUCGGCAACUUUAUUAAAGCUAUUCAGGCUUAUGGAAUGAAGCCCCAUGACAUAUUUGAAGCAAAUGAUCUUUUUGAGAAUGGCAACAUGACCCAGGUUCAGACUACGCUGGUGGCUCUAGCAGGCCUGGCAAAAACAAAAGGGUUCCACACGACCAUUGACAUUGGAGUUAAGUAUGCAGAAAAACAAACAAGACGUUUCGAUGAAGGCAAAUUAAAGGCUGGCCAAAGUGUAAUUGGUUUACAGAUGGGAACCAACAAGUGUGCCAGCCAGGCGGGGAUGACAGCCUAUGGGACCAGGAGGCAUCUUUAUGAUCCCAAAAUGCAGACUGACAAGCCUUUUGACCAGACCACGAUUAGUCUGCAGAUGGGCACCAACAAGGGAGCCAGCCAGGCUGGGAUGUUAGCACCGGGUACCAGAAGAGACAUCUACGACCAGAAGCUGACAUUACAGCCAGUGGACAACUCAACCAUUUCUCUACAGAUGGGUACCAACAAAGUUGCUUCCCAGAAAGGAAUGAGCGUAUAUGGGCUUGGGCGGCAAGUGUAUGACCCCAAGUACUGUGCCGCCCCCACAGAACCUGUCAUUCACAACGGAAGCCAGGGCACAGGAACAAAUGGGUCAGAAAUCAGUGAUAGUGAUUAUCAGGCAGAAUACCCCGAUGAGUACCAUGGCGAGUACCCAGAAGACUACCCCCGAGAGUACCAAUAUGGUGAUGACCAGGGCAUUGAUUACUAGUCAGAUACAGGAGCGCAGUAUUUAGUCCAUUGUUUUUAUCCAGUGAGACCCAAGCUAGCCUUGAGUAAUUCUCGUCUUCCUAAAACACUAUUAUGCUUAUCUUACCUUAAAAAAAAAAUGCCUUACAUACAUUCCUUUUUCCUUUUUCUGCCUCCUCCCUAAAUAGUUGCCUUUUAGUGCUGUAACCAUUAAAUCCUACAGCAUAACCAGUAACUUGCAUAUGAAGUAAAAAGCAAUGCUGUGAGAGGACAGCCAAUUCUUUUAUUGAAGAUCUAUGCAUUCUUUUUUACAACCUUACACUUAAACUGGUAUUUUCAAACAAUAGGAAACUAUUUUUUCUUUUUUUACAGUUUAGCGUGUAUCUGGCUUGUACAUGGAAGACUAAAAUGUUUGAUUUGCUAAAUGUGGUCUUUGCCAACUAAAUCUAAGAUGCAGCAUUUAGAACCUGACACGUGGAUGUUUUUCUGCAGUACUGCUUGCUGAGUUCUAAAUAAAGUCAUGAUCAGUGUGCAUUUGUGA